GGCCAUGUACUCUAUAAAUCAGUAAUACCCUAAAUGAAGAAGUAGAAGUAGAAGAAGAAGAAGAAGAUGGGUUUGAGAGGAAACCUUUGGGUCAUCUCUCUAUUGUGUCUUUCAGCAUUGACUGAAAAAGCUCUAUCCAAGGGACAUUACUUCAAUGUGAUUAACUAUGGUGCAAAGGCUGAUGGAAGAACAGAUAUGAGCCAGGCUCUAACAAAUGCUUGGAAAAAUGCAUGUGCUUCAAGGGUAUCCUCUACAGUUCUGAUCCCUAAAGGGUGGUAUUUAUUGGGUCCGGUUAUUUUGGUUGGACCAUGCCGAAGUAAAAUUGAGUUUCGAAAUAAAGGCAGAGUGAUGGCUCCAAUGAAUCCCUCCGCCUUCAAGGGCCCUUCUUGGGUUAAUUUCCGGUACAUUAGCGGCUUGACCAUCUCUGGAAAAGGAACAUUUGAUGGAAGAGGACAAGUAGCAUGGGCUCAAAACGAUUGUAAUCGAAACCCCAAUUGUCAACAAUUACCUGUAAACUUCAGAUUGGACUUCGUCAACAACACAUUGGUGAAGGACAUAACUUCUCUAAACAGCAAAAAUUUCCACAUGAAUCUUUUUCAAUGCCACGGUAUGAGGAUGCAAAACCUUAAGAUUUUUGCACCAUGGAACAGCCCCAACACAGAUGGAAUCCACAUUGGAGAUUCUUCCUUCAUCCUUAUAAUUCAUUCAGUUUUCGGCACCGGUGAUGACUGUAUCUCUCUGGGUUCUGGUAGCCGAAACAUCACCAUCUCCAAUGUGUUCUGUGGACCAGGACAUGGUAUUAGUAUUGGUAGCUUAGGCAAGUACAAAGAUGAAGCAGAUGUUGCUGGUAUCACAGUAAGGGAUUGUACCUUAAGUGGAACAACAAAUGGUGUGAGAAUCAAGACAUGGCCUAACUCUGCUCCAGGUCUUGCAUCUGAUCUCACUUUUGAGAACAUUAUAGUGAAAAAUGUGUACAAUCCAGUGGUAGUAGAUCAAGAGUAUUGCCCUAAUAACAACUGUGACAAGCAAGGACCAUCACUAGUGAAGUUGAAGAAUGUUAAGUUCCAUAACAUAAGAGGGACAGCAUCUUCAAAUGUCGCAGUCAAAAUUGUGGGUAGCAGUGCUAAGCCGUGCGAGGUUCAGAUUGGAGAUAUCAAUUUGUUAUAUCAUGGAAAGGGAGGAGGUGCUACUUCUAUAUGUCAUAAUGCCAAGGCUGUUCAUUGGGGCAAACAGACCCCUCUUAUUUGUCCACGUUAA